UGGAGGCUACAGAAGAGCUCAGUUGCUCUCCUCUCAGUCUGAGAGGAGACUGCUGUUUUUUCUUCUUCUUCUUCUUUAAAGUUGCUGCUGCCCCUCCUGUGCUAGACAUCAGACGGAGUUACCACAGAAUUGUCCACCCUCUCCUACUCUUCCGUACCCACUCCUGUGCCCUUAUCUCCGCGCCCCGGUGGAAGCGCCAUGCCGGUGGUCGGCGUCGCCUCCAAGCUCAGGCAGCCCUCCGCGGCGGGCAGUAAGCCGGUGCACACGGCGCUCCCCAUCCCCAGCGCGGUCAGGGCGGCCGCCUCGCAGGGCUACGCCGCCCGGCAGCAGGAGCUCGGUGCUGGGCUCUCCUGCCAGCUGUCCAUCAAGUCCGGGUACCAGAGGACACCUGAGGGGAAGUCCAGAGCAGAGACGGAGGAGAGCAAGAUCUGCAAGAUUUACACAGACUGGGCCAACCACUACCUGGCCAGGUCUGGCUGUCAGCGCCUCAUCAAGGACCUGAGCCAGGACGUCACCGAUGGAGUCCUGCUGGCACAGAUCAUCCAGAUCAUAGCCAAUGAGAAGGUGGAGGAUAUCAAUGGCAGCCCCAGGAGUCAGUCGCAAAUGAUCGAGAAUGUCGACGCCUGCCUCAGCUUCCUGGACGCCAGAGGAGUGAAUGUGCAAGGGCUCUCGGCAGAAGAGAUCAGGAAUGGCAACCUGAAGAGCAUCCUGGGCCUCUUCUUCAUCCUGUCGCGCUACAAGCAGCAGCAGCAGCAGCAGCAGCAGUACUACCAGUCCCUGGUGGAGCUCAGCCAGCAGAGCAGCAGCAGCAGCGGCGCGCCGACCGCCGGCAGCCCCAAGGCGCAGGAGAUGCAGUCCAGUCUCACAGCGCGAUAUGCAAGUCCUCCGGCCCACAGUGGAAUAGGGUCACCACAGAAGAAGAACACAAGGUUGCCAGGCCCCUCCAGAGUACCUGCUGCAGGCGGCGGGUCCUCCAGGAGCCCGGGCUCGUCCAACCUCAACCGUCGCAGCCAGAGCUUCAACAGCAUCGACAAGAGCAAGCCUCUCCAGUAUGCCAGCGGCAACGACAGAGAAGCAAUGAGGGGUAUCCCAGUACCCGGCGGGAUGAACGGGAGCGGUACUGGCGGGACGGUCCCCACCAGCCUCAGUGGGCAGCAGCUGGCCUCUGCCAUCCCCUCGCACGCUGCCGGCAAGUCCUGGCGCAGCAAGUCCAUGAACCUCAAGCACAGCGCCACUUCGUCCAUGCUGGCAAGCCCCACGCACUCCCCCACGCACUCACCCCAGGCCUCCGAGGGCCUUCACCCGCACGGAGGCGACGGGUCAAAAGUCGGGUCGGCCGGCGGUGGCGGACCCCAGAGGUCAAUGUUGGAGAAGUUCCGCUUGAUCAACCCCAGGUCGGCUUCACGUGCGUCUCCGUCGGUGGCGGAGAUGUCUCUGCGGGAGGAGGACGACAUGUUGGAGUACGGCGAGGAGGAACUGACGCCCACGGGGUCGGUGUGCAGCAGCAGCGGUAACAGCGCUACGGCCAAGCAGAUGUCUACCAAGACCACAGCGCCGUGCCUCGCUGCACCAAGCAGGACCUCCUCUUCCUCCAACCCUUCAUUUUCAAAAGCGUCCGCCAACGGCAGCAGGUCCGUCGCCUCGUCCAAAGACAAGGAGGACAGAGGCCGAUCGGGGAGAUCCUCUAAAGACAGCUCGCCACCCAAAGAGGAGCGCGAGUCAUUCGCCGACCCCACCAAGAAGACCUCUAAAAUUGCCAGCCUCAUCCCCAAGGGGGGGAAGCCGUCAUCGGGAAAGAAAGACGGAGGCACCUCCUCGGCUACCAGCAGCAUCCCCAAGUCGGGUCUCAAAGCUCCCUCCGCUACGACGUCCAAGCCUCAGAGCCAGGCCAGCUUGAACAGCAGCGGCAACAUGCGCGGUGGAGAGGGGGACCGGGCCAAGCUGACGAAAGGGGGGCAAGGCGGUAGUUUCUACAUACAGCGCCCCGGUGGGGGUCCAGAGGGCAGGAGGACCAGCAUGACGUCCUCCACCAGCACCUCAGCCCUGUCUGGGUCCAGUGGAAUAAUGGGAGGAGGAGGAGGAGCUCUCGGAGGGAACGGAGUGGUUCAGCUUCCGCAGCAGCAACAGCACAACCACCCCAAUACUGCCACUGUGGCCCCCUUCAUGUACAGGACAUUCUCAGAAAACGACUGCACCAUGGUGGCCCCAACCGACCCCUGCCUCAGCCCCACCAAGGGAGAGCUGGUCUACAGCAAGACAGCCAAACAGUGCCUGGAGGAGAUAUCAGGAGAGGACCCUGAGACGAGACGCAUGAGGACGGUGAAGAACAUCGCCGACCUGCGGCAGAACCUGGAAGAAACCAUGUCCAAUCUUCGGGGGACACAGAUCAGCCACAGUACACUAGAAACCACCUUCGACACCACGGUGACCACCGAGGUCAAUGGGCGGAGCCUACCAGCCCUCACCACGCGCUCCUCCCCCAUGGCCUGGCGUCUGGGCCAAACACAAACCCCACGCCUCCAGGCGGGCGACGCCCCUUCAAUGCCCAGCAGCUACGCUGCGCCCAGAGCGAGCACGACGAGCGCUGGCACCACCACCGGGCGCUACAGCGGGCACUCGGACCCCUCCAGGUUGGUGUACAGCGCCCCGCUGAGGCGAGCGGCGGCCGGGGGCAGAGGGGCGGAGCAGGGGGAGAGGGCAGGAGGAGGGAAGCAGAUGGAGAUGGCAGGGUACGUGAGUGAUGGGGACAUCCUAGGGAGGAACGGCCGGACGGAUGAGAUACCAAGCGGAUACCUCACUGACGGCGGCCUGCAUUUGUAUGCGCGGAACGCGGGCCGAGCCUCCGACCCCGGCACCCCUUCUCGAGAAGCGUCCCAGAGAGGCAGCAAAGAGAUGCAGGGAGACAUAGACAGUUGGGACGACAGCAGCUCUGUGAGCAGCGGCCUGAGUGACACACUAGACAACAUCAGCACCGAUGAUCUGAACACGCCCACCUACUCCGGCGCCAGCUCAUCGCGAAAAACCAAGGGAGUGCAGUCCCAAAAAGGAAGCAGGUCCAAACAUGCAGAGCAAGAGGUGAGCAGCAGCUGGGCCGGAGCCGAGGACCUGAAGAAGGUGGAGGAAGAGCUGGAUGCCAGCAUGGACCCCGGCAGCGGCUCCUCGCGCUGGAAGCCCUCCUCGUCCUCCUCUUCCGCUCAAGCCCAGAGUCAGUACGAGGACGCCGGGCAAAAGGCCGCCCAGACGGGCUCGUGGAGGAGGGGCAUGACGGCCCAAGUGGGCAUCACGCCGCCCAGGACCAAGGGUACCUCCGCUGUUAACAAAACACCAGGCAAAACUGAUGACGCUAAGGCCUCGGAGAAGGGCAAGGCGCCUUCCAAGAGUUCAGCUGCCAUCCAGCGCUCACCCUCUGAUGCCGGAAAGAGUAGUGGAGAUGAAGGUAAGAAACCUCCCUCCGGCAUCGGACGCCCACCCACCACGGCCUCUUUUGGAUACAAGAAGAUCCCAGGUUCCAGCGGUGGCACCCUUAUUACCUCGAGCGGGGCGACACUGGCCAGCGGCUCAGCCACCCUGGGCAAGGCACCCAAGUCCUCAGCUGCCCUCGGCAAAGGCACAGGCAUCGGCGGUGUGCGCAAGACCAGCUUGGACGGCACACAGCCUGAGGACGACGGCGUCCUGCUCAGCUGCAGCGCCUCCAAAGUGACCUUGCAGUACCGCUCUCUGCCCAGACCGGCCAAAACCCCCAGCGGAGCGGCAGCGGGCCGCGGCGGGCACCGCUCCAGCUCCAGCAGCAUCGACUCCAACGUCGGCAGCAAGCCAGCCGGGGGGGCAGCGACACAGGCGGGCGCCAAGCGCAGGGACGGAAAGGUGGGCUCCGACCGCUCCAGUCCCAUCACCAUCAACCAGACGGACAAGGAGAAAGUGGCGGUGUCGGACCAAGAUGCCGCUUCGGGACUAUCCACCUCCCCAAAGUCCAGCCCCACGUCCACCAGUUCAACCAGCCAAUCAGGCCUCAGGCAGCCGGGCUCCAAGUACCCCGAUAUCGCUUCCCCUACGUUCCGCAGAUUGUUUGGCACCAAAGCCAGCAGCAAGGCCAGCUCUCCGGGCACUCCCGACUCUGGCAAGUGCCCCUCAAUACUGGGCAGCCCCCACGGCACACUGGCGAGGCAGGCCAGUCUGGACUCGCCCUCCUCUGGCACGGGGAGCCUGGGCAGCGCUGGUGGCCUGAGUGGCGGCAGCAGCCCGCUGUACGGUAAAACCCCAGACCUGUGCACCGACUCCCCGGCCUCCAGCCCGGCCUCUGGCCUCUCCUUGCCCUCCAACGCUCGGCCCUGGCCGGCCUGUAGCUCGUCAGCCGGCAGCAAGGACACACUGAGCUGCCAAAGCAUGACCAGUCUGCACACCAGCUCUGAGUCCAUUGAUCUCCCGCUGGGCCACCACGGGUCCAAGGUUACACGGACCAGCAGUGUCAAGUCCACCCUGUCUGAGGGCAUUCCUCUUGACAGAAACACGCUUCCCAAAAAGGGACUGAGGUACCCUCCGUCCUCCAGGCAGACGUCCCAUGAGGAAGGGAUGGAGUGGCUGAGGUCCCAUUCAACAGGGGGGCUUCAGGACACAGGCAGCCAGUCCCCACUGUCCCCUCCCGGAGCGUCCUGCACUAACACUGGAAAAUACCACUACUCCAACCUGUUAAGCCCAACCAACAUCUGCCAAUACAACCUACAACCAGGCAGCACCAACAUGAGUCGCUCCAACAGCAUCCCUGCCCAGGACUCCUUUGACCUAUACGGGGAGGGCCAUCCACUGGGUGGCAGCGCAACCUCCUUAGAGGACCGCCCUGGACGCGGAAUCAGCCGAUCCGGCUCCUUCAGGGACAGCACCGAUGAAGUCCAUGGAUCUUCAUUGUCUCUGGUCUCCAGCACGUCUUCAUUGUACUCUGCGACGGAGGAGAAAGCACACUCCGAGGGCCAAACAGUCCAAAAUUCCACGCAAAUCAGAAAGCUGCGUCGGGAGCUUGAUGCCUCUCAGGAGAAGGUGGCGACCCUGACGUCUCAGCUAUCUACCAACGCUCAUCUGGUGGCAGCCUUCGAGAAGAGUCUGAGUAACAUGACCUGCCGCCUGCAGAGCCUCACCAUGACGGCCGAACAAAAGGAGUCUGAGUUGGUUGAGUUGAGGGAAACAAUAGAGACGCUGAAGACCCAGAACACCGACGCACAGACCGCCAUCCAGGUGGCGCUCAAUGGCCCUGACCACCUGCACAAAGACCUGCGCAUGCGACGGCAGCACUCGUCAGAGAGCAUGUCCAGUAUCAACAGCGCAGCCAGUCACUCCAGCAUGGGCAGCAUGGGCAAGGACGCCGAAGACAAAAAGAAGAAGAAGAAGAGCUGGGUGGCCGAUUCUAUCCCGGCUCAGUUGCGCAGCUCCUUCAAGCACGCGUUCAGCAAGAAGAAAACCAAAUCCCAGUCGGCGCAUGACGAGAUGGAGGAGACCAUCGACUCGCUGCCGUCCUCGCCCAAACUGCAGCACAACAACAGGCAAGGCAGCAUCGCCACGCUGCAUUCCUCGCCCUCCACCACCGAUAAGUGUGUUUGCGAAAGCAGGUCCUCCCCCAUUUGGACGCCAAAGAAAAGGCAAAACGGUCAUGUGGUCUACAAGCACCGGUCCCGGCUCUGCGAAUGCACCGAAGCCGAGGCGGAAACCAUCCUCCUGCUGAAGAACGAGCUGAGGGAGAAGGAGCUCAAGCUGACAGACAUCCGCCUGGAGGCGCUCAGCUCCGCACACCACCUCGACCAGAUACGAGAGGCCAUGAACCGCAUGCAGAACGAGAUAGAGGCGCUGAAGGCGGAGAACGAUCGCCUCAAGUCCAGCGGCAACGCCACGCCAACGGCCACGCCCGUCAAGACGGCCCGGCCGCCCUCUGAGACCUCCAGCACGUCCUCGUCCUCCUCCCGCCAGUCCCUGGGGCUGUCGCUCAACAACCUCAACAUCACUGACACCAUCAUGUCAGAUAUUCUGCUGGAUGAAAGCUACGAGGGCAAUUUGCGCAAAGAGGGCCGUAGUGUGCGAAUAGUGGUCACCAUCUGCACCGGACCAUACACCACCAAGGGUACGGAGGGCCAGGCGCACCUUAUUGGGUCCAUAGGUGUGAGCGGGAAAACCAAGUGGGACGUCCUGGAUGGGGUCAUUCGACGCCUCUUCAAGGAAUAUGUGUUUCGGGUGGACCCUCAUACCAGCCUGGGUCUCAGCUCAGACAGCAUCGUCUCCUACAGGAUAGGCGAGGUGGUUCGCUCCCACGCCUCCGAAGUGCCUGAGCUGCUGCCCUGCGGAUACCUGGUGGGCGACAACAACGUCAUCAAGGUCAACCUCAAAGGACUGAAGGAGAACAGUAUAGAUAGCCUGGUGUUUGACACGCUGCUCCCAAAGCCAGUCGUCCAGCGGUACCUCAACCUGCUGAUGGAGCAUCGUCGCAUAAUCCUCUCGGGACCCAGCGGCACCGGCAAAUCCUUUCUGGCCGCCAAGCUGGCCGAGUACAUCAUUUCCCAGAUGGGGCGGCCGGUGACAGAGCACAACGUGGCCAGCUUUAACGUGGAUCAGAAUUCCAGCAAGGACCUGCGUCAGUAUCUGUCCAACCUGGCAGAGCAGUGCAACUCUGAGGAGACGGACACAGAGCUCCCCACUGUGGUGAUCCUGGACAACCUCCACCACAUCGGCUCCCUCAGUGACAUAUUCAACGGCUUCCUCAACUGCAAGUACUACAAAUGCCCUUAUGUUAUUGGGACCAUGAACCAGGGGGUCUCCUCUUCUCCUAACCUUGAGCUACACCACAACUUCAGGUGGGUGCUGUGCACCAACCACACAGAGCCGGUCAGAGGCUUCUUGGGCCGUUUCCUGCGGCGAAAGCUGAUAGAGACGGAGAUCGAUAAGAGCAUGCGCAGUAAUGACCUGAUUAAGAUCAUCGACUGGAUUCCAAAGACCUGGCAGCACCUCAAUGGCUUCCUGGAGGCACACAGCUCCUCGGAUGUCACCAUAGGUCCCCGUCUCUUCCUGUCCUGUCCCAUGGACGUAGAAGGCUCUCGGGUUUGGUUCACCGACCUGUGGAACUACUCCCUGGUGCCCUACCUGCUGGAGGCUGUCAGAGAAGGGCUGCAGCUGUACGGCAAAAGAGCAGCCUGGGAAGAUCCAUCCAAGUGGGUGAACGACACGUAUCCGUGGAUCGCUGCCUCGCUGCAGCUGGACGGCCAGUCGCUUCUCCAGCUGAGGCCGGAGGACGUGGGCUACGAUGGCUACAGCUCGUCCAAGGAGGGAGCCUCGUCCAAGCAGGUGUCCCAGAGUGACACCGAGGGAGACCCACUGAUGAACAUGUUGCUACGGCUGCAGGAGGCAGCCAAUUACUCCAGCACGCAGAGCUGUGACAGCGACAGCACCAGUCACCAUGACGACCAGCUGGACUCCUCUCUGGAGUCGGCGCUAUGAGACCCAGACCCACGUCGGCAGACUGAACCUUCAGGGGAACCUUUAAAUCGCCGCCUGACACCUCCUAUAGCGCACAGAGAUAUAGGAUGUAUGGAAAGUUUCAUUAACCCAAAUGAUAUACCUGCCAUCUGGGGAAAAAAACACAUUUUUACAUUACUAUGGUGCAAUAUUUAAAUUGAGUUAUUAUAUGAUUUGAAGUAUAGCAUCCAACUCAGAUAUGAAGGUCAGCUGGUUAUUUUUUAAUGUAUGUAUAACAUUUUAGAAUACAACUUUUCAUACAUGUGUAGGCAGGACAGGUCUGAUAAGGACAGUAGUUCCUCUGAAGUUGACUUUAAAGGAUUGAAUUGAAUUCAUGCCCAGCCAUGACAAAUAACAGAUUGCGGAUGUGUUAAAAAAAAGAGAGAAAGCCCAAAGUUUGAACUGGAUUAUUGUUCUUUUAUUAUAUUAUAAUUAUUAUUAUUUGCAGAUAUAUCUUCAAAUGUUUACAAAGGUGGUGGGCGGGAGGUAGUUCUGUUGUUUAUAACUUGUUUACAGAGGUGCUUCUCGUACACACACACACACACACACGUAUGCUUAGACACAGGCAGCAGGAGGAUACUGUCUUUUAAUCGGAGCCCCCCCCCCCCCCCCCCCCC